AUGCGCAUCUGUAGUGCAGGGUCUGAUCCACUGUUAAUAGCCGCUCCUCCACCCCGCCCCAUUCUCCCUCUUUCCAUCACCCCGCCCCAUUCUCCCGCUUUCCAUCACCCUGCCCCAUUCACCCUCUUUCCAUCACCCCGCCCCAUUCUCCCUCUUUCCAUAACCCCGCCCCAUUCUCCCGCUUUCCAUCACCCCGCCUCAUUCUUCCGCUUUCCAUCACCCCGCCCCAUUCUCCCGCUUUCCAGCACCCCGCCCCUUUCUCCCGCUUUCCAUCACCCCGCCCCAUUCUCCCGCUUUCCAGCACCUCGCCCCAUUCUCCCACUUUCCAUCACCCCGCCCCAUUCUCCCGCUUUCCAGCACCCCGCCCCAUUCUCCCACUUUCCAUCACCCCGCCCCAUUCUCCCGCUUUCCAGCACCCCACCCCAUUCUCCCGCUUUCCAUCACCUCGCCCCAUUCUCCCGCUUUCCAUCAUCCCGCCCCAUUCUCCCGCUUUCCAUCACCCCGCCCCAUUCACCCUCUUUCCAUCACCCCGCCCCAUUCUCCCGCUUUCCAUCACCCGCCCCAUUCUCCCGCUUUCCAUAA